UUGAAGACUACGCUGGAAGAUGGCAGGUUCCAUUGCCUCAGCUUGAGGUGCUUCAGACAGCUCUUUGUUGUUUCACAUCUGCUUGUGUAUCGUUCCCAGCUGAAUGUGAGCAGCACGUACAAUAUGUUUUGAGUAGCCUAGCUUUGAGUUUUUUUGAAUUGCUGCUGUUCUUUGGAAAAGAUGAGUUCUACGAAGAUCCUUUAAAAGACAUUUUAGGCUCAAUUCAGGAAUGCCAGAACCUCCUAAGCAGAUAUGGAAAUAUGAACCUGGAAUUGGUGACUCGAAUUAUCAGAGAUGGUGGACCAUGGGAGGAUCCAGUGUUACAAGCAGUUCUUAAAGCAAAGCCUGUAUCUCAGGAGUUAGUUAACAAAUAUUUAAGCUCUGAAAAUCCACUGUUCUUUGAACUACGUGCCAGAUACCUUAUUGCUUGUGAACGCAUCCCAGAGGCAAUGGCUCUUAUCAAAGCUUGCAUAAAUCAUCCAGAUAUCAGUAAAGAUCUGUAUUUCCAUCAAGCUCUUUUCACCUGUCUUUAUAUGUCGCCAUUAGAAGAUCAGCUGUUCCAGGAGCACUUGCUGAGGACUGAUUGCAGGAGUGGAAUUGAGAUCAUCUGCAACACUGAAAAAGAAGGGAAGACCACCUUAGCCUUACAGCUAUGUGAAUCGUUCCUUGUCCCACAGCUUCAAAGUGGGGACAUGUAUUGUAUAUGGGACCUCAUCUUCAUCUGGAGUAAACUACAGCUUAAAUCUAAUCCAUCAAAACAAGUAUUUGUUGACCAAUGCUACCAGCUUUUAAGGAUAGCUACAAAUGUCAGAGUCAUUUUCCCUUUUAUGAAGGUCAUUAAAGAUGAAGUGGGAGAAGAUGGUUUGCAGAUUUGUGUUGAGAUAUGUGGUUGUGCCCUGCAACUGGACCUCCGUGAUGAUCCAAUAAUGAAAAGUCUUAUAUAUAAAACAAUUGCUCAUUUUUUGCCAAAUGACUUGGAAAUCCUCAGAAUUUGUGCGCUUUCUGUCUUCUUUCUUGAGCGUACCUUAGAAUCGUACUACACCGUUGAGCGGCUAUAUAAAUGUGCAGAUGAAGAGUAUAAUGAGCGUGCUAGUUCUGUACAGAACCGUGUACGUUUUGAAUUGCUUCCAAUUGUGAAAAAGGGUUUGUUUUUUGAUCCUGAGUUUUGGAAUUUUUUGAUGAUCAAGCAGAACUGUUUAGCACUAUUGGGCGAUAAAGCCUCUGUUGGCUUAGGUGAAAGUACACUGGAAAAUUCUGCUGCAAAUACAGAGAAACUGACAGAACAUCAGUCUUUAGGUGAAGAUCAUGUCUGUUUAGCAGAUCUAAGCAGUGGGGAGUUCGACCCUGAAGACCUUUCUGGAGCCCAAUCCAAAGGUCAUGGUAAUGCCAAAAAGAACUACGCAGCUCUUGGAGCAGCAUCGAAAAUGAUAGAUCACAAUGUACCAAGGCACCGUUGUGUGUUAUGCAACAAGGAGUUUCUUGGCGGUCAUAUUGUAAGGCAUGCACAAUCUCACCAGAAAAAAGGAAGCUUUUCGUGUGUAAUUUGCAGUAGAAAGUUUAGGCAAAGAGGACUCAUGUUGAAGCACUUAAAGAAUCAUGUCAAGAAAAUACAAAGACAGCAUCUUGCUGUAGUCCAACAGGAGGAUUCAGAAACCCCUGUUUUAAAUGAAUUGAAUUGUUCUGAGGCAUCCAUCUCUUUUGAAAAUGGAAGCUCUGACAGUUCUAAGGAUAAUGAACCAGAGGUUGCAAUAAUUCCAAGUGCUGAUACAGAAGCAGACAAUCCUGAGCCGGUAUCAGAUGUGGUUGAAAAUCAUGUAAGCGAACAGGAUGAUGUUGUUGAGAAUGGCAGUUAUGACAGCUAUUUAAAUAAUACUCUUGAACCUUUAACUACAGAGAGUUUGCCUGAGAGUGAAGAAAGUCCAAAUAUGGAGUCUCCUAUACUUCAUAAAGUAAAUGGAGCCUUGUGCUCUCAAAAGGAUCUGGAUGUUAUGGAUCAAGAGGGAAACUUUAAGUGCCCUGCCAGUGGCUGUGUUAGGGUGUUUAAAAAGAUAAGAUUCCUCAAUAAACAUGCAAGAAAAGCUCACCCGACUGAUCUGAAGGUGCAACAGCAUAUAAUGAAGUGGAAUAAAGGAAAGUGUCGGUUCUGUCAGAGAAAAUUUGCUGAUUCUCAACAUUUUAUAGAUCACCUAAAACGACAUGUAUAUCCAAAUGUUUACUUUUGUUUACAUGUUAACUGUAAUCAGAGAUUUAAGCUGUCCACGGAACUUGCAGAGCAUACAAAAAGUCACGAUGUUUUUAAGGCUCAGUGCAACUUCGCAGAGUGCUGUGAGCUUUUUGAAGAGCUUCCUUUGCUAUAUGAACAUGAGGCUCAGCAUUAUUUAAACAGAACACCAGAAAGUUCUGAGGAAGUAAGUGAAAAAAUUUCUUCAGAUAAUCUUUCAGAAUUACAUUGUGAUUCCACAGAAAAGGAUGCAUCUAGUAAUGAAAAAGAAACUGUAGAUUUACCUAUUCCAACUUGGAAGGCAAGGAAAGACUCUACAGAACCAAAGACAUAUAUCCAGAGUGUUGAGAAGAAAACAAACAAUAUCCUUCUGAAUGGAAAUGAAAGUUCCGAUGUUAAUGCUACGUUUUUAAGCUUGCUAGACCAAAAGACACCUGUGGUACAGCCAAAUUCUGAAACUUGCAGUGUUGUUAGUGACCAAUUAGUAAAUGGGCACAGUGAACUGGAGCAGACUACUUCAGCUUCAUCAGAUAUGCCUUUGGACAGAGUGGCAGAUGAGACAAGGACAGAAAAUGGUUCGCUUUUACCAGUUUUACAGAAUUGUUAUGAUAUGCCACAAAACAACAUUGCUGCAGUUUCUCAGUUACCUUCCAAACCAAAUCAGACAACAGAAAAUACUUCAUAUGGCUUAAUAUUAACAAAACCAUAUGUUAGACCAUUGCCUCCCAGUUACCUUGAUGAACGAUACAUAAGCAUGCCAAAACGUAGAAAAACUUUGACUGAUAAAGUAGACGCUCAUUCUGAGCAGGAUAAAGUUUGUAGCAAAUCGCCAGAAAGAUUUAGAUGUGGCAACUGCCUGACCACCUACUGUAACUCGGAAGCACUUGAGGCUCACCUUGCACAAAAGAAAUGUCAGACGCUCUUUGGAUUCGAUUCAGAUGAUGAAAGUGCCUGAUUAAAUGUUGUGGGAAGAUGCAUCAAACUUGGAGUGGUGUGAGAAAACACUACAUGAAGAAGCAUGAGUUUGCUGCUUCCCAGUUGGCCUUAAUCAUAAAGCAGUCUCAAAUUACUAAAGAAACACAUGACCUUGAUAAAAGACAAAGCACAUUUUCUAGACAGAACUCACAGAGGAGUAGUGGGAGCUGUGCAGAUUUUGAGUCCAGAAAGGUUACUACAAAGUCCCCAAAGUACCAGUUAUCCAGACAGCCACAUAAAUUCCUAAUGUAUGAUGGAAGGACAGCAGCACAAUGUGUCCAGCUUGAGGGCUUAAGAAAACUAAUAGUCAGCUGGGCAGAGAGACAAGAGAAGUGGUUUAUUGCCUUAUCAAAAAAGCAUCUGAUACCUGUGUAACUGGCUUAAAAUGCCAUGUUAAAAGAAAACCCUUUCCUCUCCAUGCACAUUCAAAGGAUGUCUCUUCACCUUAUCAAAAAUAGGUGAUUUAGAGGGAGACGUUGUUAAUUGUCAUGGUAUGGAAAAAAAAUGAUAGAUGAAACUCAUUUUUUAUUCAAAGCUGGGUUCUCUUAAUCCUUUUUCCACUAAAAAGAAUGGAGCUUAUUUUACAGUUAUAUUCAGAAUCCAUAAUGGAGUGUGGUGAGGAAAAAUGCAGAUGGACAGCACUGUCAAGUUGCCAAAAAAUUGAAGUUGGUUGUAUGCAAGGGAAAAUGUUUUGGUAUGACAUUAAAUAUAUCAGUUGUACAAGUUGCACUUAAAAGAAGCCUUUUUUUCAGGUAUAUGGCAAAACUACAAAUUACUCCUGGAAAUUUUUAAAUGAAAAAUCUCUAAAAGGCACAGAGAGACUUAAUAUCAGUAAUACUUAUACAGCUUGUACAGAUACUAACAUGCAGGUUGAGACUAAACAGUGAAGGCAUGCACAUUGUGAAGAUUGGUGAACUUGAGUAUAAAGCUAAGGUAAUAUUAUGCUACGGUAAUAUAAAGGUCCUUCAGCUGUUAAUAUGCCUGAAGAAAAUUUGAGAGCUGAUUUUUCUGUAGAAACAGGAAUUAAAUGAAUACAAAGCAAGACUCCAGAGGGCAAGGCAAAAUAGAAUGUUAUUUAGGAGAAAUAGAUCAGGAAGCAACUUCUGUACACAUAUAACAUCAGCUAGUGAUACAUCGCUGAGUUUUGAUUUACCAGCUAAUGGUCAGUCAUCUGAUGAAGGGAUGGGAACAUGUAAGAGUGCAGCCUGAAAGCACAUUACAACUCCAUCUAGUUCUUAUUGAAAAGGUGGCAGUUUUUACUAGAAACCAAUCAAGGAGUCUGGCAGUGAAAAUGAAAUUCAGUGUUAAGUACUGGGGCCAACAACUUGCUGUUGACAGAACUGACACUGAAAAAGGGUCUGUCAGGAUAAAAACCGCUGUGCCUUCAUCAGUAUGUAACUGAUCUCAACAUAGGAUAUCCAAUAAUGAAAUGCUGCUGCGAGCCUUCUUCAAAAGACAGUGUGGCAACUCAGAUUGUCCAUUGCAGUGCAGAUUUACCCUCUAACAAACUUGAUUUUGUAGAUGAUACAAAGUUUAUUUCAAUCCCUGCUUGGUGCAUUUAGCUAGAAGUUUGGAUGUAUUUAUAGGGAUAAAAGCUAUACCAAACAGUCAAUACUUAACAGUAAGAUAAGCCAACAUGCAACAGCUGUCCCUGGUCCAUUAAUUAGCUCCCUCAAUGCUUUAUCACAACGCGAGUACAGCAUAGGGAGGCAGGCAGUCAGCUCCCUUACCCAAGAGAUGUGAGAACUAACAUGACUCAAUUUAAGAUAUGCCUAAAGGAUCUGUUAAUUGUAGCAACAACUCACUUUAUGCAAACUAAAGGGUUUCAUUAUGAAAUGGGCUUUAAAAUAUUUCUGGCACUUGAAACUCAAUAGUUUAAUAAUGCCUCUGCUAGUUAUCCUCUGUGAAAUCAAAUAUAUGUUUGUAUUACUUCUCCCUCCUUUCCCCCCCUCCCUUGGAGGAAAGAGAGAAUGCUAAUUCAGAUUCUUGCUUUUUUUGACUCCUCAAAAAUUAUCAUCUAAUUUCAAUUUAGCCCCAAGUAAAAAGGUAUAAAAUUAUGAUCACAGCUCUGUGUGCAUUACAUUAAUACCAGUGUCUGGGCCAUUUUUAGAGAGAUCUGCAUGACAUUUGAGGCACCAAAGAAUGGGUUUUUUUGCAUUUACAAAAUACUAACUGAUAAAGUGCAUCAUAUAUAUAUAAAACUUCUAGAGGGUUUUUUUCUUUCUCUUUUUUUUUAAAAAAAAAAACAACAAAAAAACAACUGAGUGGGAACCUAGCCAGUCAAAUGCACUUCAACAUUUCCACUUGCUUACUCUAAUGUUCUUGUCUAAAGUUCUGAGAACUGGAUUGCCAUGUUUUGGCAUAUUCCAGGCUCUGCUUUUUCUUUGCUUUACUUUGUUGUUAAAUCUAGUUACAUGGCUUACAUAAGUUUGGGGAAAAUCAAGUUAAUUUUAAAAUAAUAAGUUUAAAAAAAUAAAAACUUGGUCAGUAGGUAUCAAAACAUUUAUGUAUGAAAUCUUAGGUGUACUUUAAUCUUUGGUGCUUUUUUGCCUUUUUCUAAAGCUCCAUGUGUUUGAAGAUGCUUUAAAAACAUGAUUGAGAUUUGUAUUUUCUUUGGUUUUAAAGUGUGUAAAUACCUGCAUCUAUGUACAUGCAUAAAACUGUGACCAUAAUUUUUUCUACCUGUGUUUUGAACUUGUUUUUGUUUGGAGAUGCUUUUCUUGGAUGCCACCAUUUGUUUAUACCGCGUGUUCAGUAUAUAUGGUUUCUGAAAAAUCUGGAUUUAUUUCACUUAAGUGAAUAGAAACUGUCACCUACUGGACAUCAGAAAUGCAUUAAAUUGACUCAAGGUAGCAAGUGGCAGGUAGCAUUUUUUGAGUAUUGGCUUUAGUUUAAAAGAUGUUGUUUCCCUUUCUGUAAAAUGCUCACUAAUACCUGUUAGUGGAGUAUUAAACAACUGUGAUUUGAAGAAAAAUAACCUUCUUACAUGAUUUAUAGGAUUGUUGCAUACAAGACACUGUCCUAUAUUGAGUUUGUACCUUUUAUGUUUUAAAAAGGUUCCAAGUCAAAGAUUUAGAAUUUUUUCCCAAGUUUAAGCAUCAUGUCAUGUGUAUUACAAUACUUUGAGACUAUGGCUUUGAUCCAACAAAGUACUUAGCUAUCCGCAUAAAUUUAAGAAUGCGGCAAGUC